GGCCCAAAGCAAUUUUUGCUUUUUAGUCACGAUUGGAGGUUUAUGGUUUAAUCACGAUUGGGUGACUCGUUAACAUAACUCGAUCUGAGCUUACUUGCGACAUUGAAAAAGCUUUUCUGAAGGGCUAGGGUUUAUUCCUGAAACUUGUGGAAGAUCGAGCACAGGACUGAGGCUAACAUUCAAAUCGCUCAACCCUAUGGCUUUCAGAUCCUGUAAGUCUAUAUCACCCAUCUUUCAUUUCAUGUACGACACUCUCAUACAUCACAGAAUCAAUCACAAUACACCCACUAUUGUUCGUUUUUUUGAAACCCAAUCUAUAGCGAACAAAUCAAAUUUCACUGAGAAACAAAUCAUCUCUUACCUCACAGAGUCAUGUGGGUUGUCUCUAAAAUCUGCUCUCUCAGCUGCUAAGGGGGUCAACAUCAACAGUACAGAGAAACCGGACUCGGUUCUUAAACUCCUAAGGUCGUAUGGGUUCACUGAAACACAUAUUUCUGUCCUAAUUUCUUUAACCCCAAAAUUAAUUUUUGCUGAUCCAGAGACAAAUUUGAGACCCAAAAUUGAGUAUUUCAAAUCUUUGGGUGUUGUCGGACCUGACUUGCCUAGGAUUAUCUGUUCAUGUUACAUGUUACGUUACAGUUUAGAAAACCGAAUCAAACCCACGGUAAAUUUACUUCAACGAUACCUAGGAACAAAUGAGAAUGUAAUUUGUGCUCUUAAGCGAUCUAUCCAUCUCGAUCUGCGCAACGUUCAGAAAGUUCUUGUGCCAAAUAUCAACACUCUGCAGGCUCAGGACGUGCCUGAAUCCCACAUUGGAAAACUAAUCAUGUUGCAUUCUAGAGCACUAAUGUCGAGAGUUGAUGUAUUUAAAGAGGUUACUAAUGCAGUUAAGGAAAUGGGAUUUGAUCCCAAAAGUAUUUUAUUCUUAUGGGCUAUCUGUUCAAUGACUAUGAAUACCAAACUCAAUUGGGAAAAGAAAAAGGAAGCUUGUAUGAGCUUUGGUUGGUCUGAAAGCACAUUUAAUUCAGCUUUCAAAUUGGAACCGAGGUUUAUGCUUUCCUCAGAGAAGAAGAUCAGGGAAGUGAUAGAUUUCCUCGUGAACAAGGCGGGGUUAAAAGCAUCAGAGAUUUCUAAAUGCCCAAGCCUUUUUCGAUUUAGUUUGGAAAGGAGAUUCAUUCCAAGAUGGUCAGUUCUGCAAGUUCUGAUGUCAAAAGGUUUGAUUCGGAAGGAUGUAGAUGUGGUUUGGGUGAUGAAUCGUACCAAAGAGAAUUUUGAGACCAGGUUUCUGACCAAGUACAAGGAGGUAGCUUCCGAGAUAAUCAAAGCAUAUGAUGGUGAGAUAGGAUUUCAAGGUUUCUCUCAGAAAUGAUUUGGCUGUAUAUGAGGUCUGCCAUCACUUCAAUGAGUUUUUUGGGUGGCUGAUACAGUAUGAGAAGAGGUCAAUCUGUGCGACGUUCAGAAACUUAUGGUGCCAAAUAUCAACACUUUGCGGGCUCAUGAUGUGCCUGAAUCCCAUAUUGGAAAACAAUCAUGUUGCAGUGUAGAGCACUAAUGUCGAGAGUUGAUGUGUUUAAAGAGGUUACUGAUGCAGUUAAGGAAAUGGAUUUUGAUCCCCAAAGUCGAUCAUACUUAUCGGCUAUCAGUACAAUGUCGAUGAAUACCAAACUCAAUUGGGAAAAGAAAAAGGAAGCUUGUAUGAGCUUUGGGUAGUCUGAAAGCACAUUUAAUUCGGCAUUCAAAUUGGAACUGAGGUUUUUGCUUUCCUCAGAGAAGAAGAUCAGGGAACUGAUGGAUUUCUUCGUGAACAAGGUGGGGUUAAGAGCAUCAGAGACUGCUGAAUGCCCUCUCCUUUUUCUAGCUAGUUUGGAAAGGAAACUCAUUCCAAGAUAUUCAGUUCUGCAAGUUCUGAUGUGAAAGGGUUUGAUUGGGAAGAAUGUACAUUUGAUAUGGGCGUUACAUGAAAGCAAAAAGAGAUUUGAGACUAGGUUUCUUACCAAGUAUAAGGAGUUAGCUCCAGAAGUAUUCAAAGCGUAUGAGGGUGAGAUAGGAUUUCAAGGUUUCUAUCAAAAAUGAUUUGGCUGCAUAUCAGGUCUGCUAAGAAGUGAUCCUCUAAUCACUUCAAUGAGGUUGUUUGGUGGCUGAUCCAGUAGGAGAAGAGGUAAGCAAGUUGCAUUAGACUCAGUUGCGUUUUAUUCUGAUUGGUUCGACGUCUUCACUUGACAAGAGCAGCCAAAAAUCUGCCAUCCUUGAAGACGAUGACACUGCGGAUUCACUCACAGAGCUCCCAUUUAUGACAUAUUGGCCGAAGUCGACAGUGUGUCACCUUAGCAAUACUCUCAGAGAGCAAUCAGUUUGCUGAUGUCCUCGCCAAGGUCAGUGAAGGCCAUUUCUAGGGACUCAUUUUGAAGCAAUAGACAGUAUCUUUGAAGUCUCAAUUUGGUAGCAUCAUAAAGACAAUAUUAUGGUGUACUUUCAACAGUAUGUAUAUGUUUACCUGUGUCUAUCUCUGACUUUGCAACCAUCAUUUGAUAUAAUGAUAAAAAUUCAAGUUGACAAAUUUCAA